AUGAAGUUCAACAAGUUCGAAGUCCUCGCGUCCCUCCUCUGCUCUUGGCUUGCGGGCUUCGCUCUGGGUCUCUGGCGCUCCGAAGGCUCGAGAUCUCUAUUCACCGGAUUGGUCAUCGCAAUCUUCGCCGCGGUCGCCACAGUCGCCAUCUAUAAGUGCGUCAGCGCCGACAAGACCAUCGCCCAGCUUAACCGUAAUGUUGGCGAAGUGCACACCAUGGCCAUUAUUGACCUCCAGAAUGCUCACCGCAAGCACGUCAUCAAGGUCAAGUCGACCCACAACCAGAACAUGCGCAAAGCUCAGAACGAGAUCCGCCGCGUUACCCUCAACUUCGACCGCUUCAACAGCGAAUACGACUACAUCGCCACCAUGUACCAGACCAGACGCGCUUCAACUUUGAGCGAGAUGACCACAUCGACUACCUCGAGAAGAAGCUCAAGGAGUUCCGCCAGCUCAGCUCCGCAACUCCGACUGCGUCGUUCUCUGCGCCUGCCUCCUAGACUCACUUAG